AUGCAAUACGCAGGCAGACGUGGAGGCAGCUCCCACGGCCGCUGGCAUCGCUGCUGCAGGCAGAGACCCUCCAUUGUCAGCCCUGGGGGGGGGCUGCCGGGGGCCAGGCCCUGCAUGGGGGUGCGGGGAGAGGUCCAGCAGCGGCAGGGCUGGGUUUAGGGGCUGUGUCCUGGGCUGGCUGGAGGGGGGCACGGGGGGAGCGUCACUUGGGGGGGUGUGUUUGUGGGGGGGGUGCGUGUGUGCAUCCUGCGCUGCUGGGGCUCAGGCGGGGAGCGGGGUGCUGCCCCCUGACCCCCCGGGAGCAGGGGUGCGAUGAGCUCUCAGGAUGAGCAGUUCCAAGCAGCAGCCCCUGACCCAGCGGCUUCCUCCACCGAUGAUGGCAUGACCUGGUGGUACAGGUGGCUCUGCAGGAUUGCCGGGGUCAUCGGGGGCAUGUCCUGUGCCUUCGCUGGUCUCUGGAACUGUGUCACCAUCAACCCCCUGAACAUCGCGGCCGGCGUGUGGAUGAUGCUCAACGCCUUUGUCCUGUUCCUGUGCGAAGCCCCCUUCUGCUGCCAGUUUAUCGAGUUUGCGAAUGCCGUCUCUGCGAGGGCGGACAAGCUGCGGCCCUGGCAGAAAGCCGCUUUCUACUGCGGGAUGGCUGUGUUCCCGGUCAUGCUCAGCCUGACGUUGACCACGCUCUUUGGAAAUGCCAUUGCCUUUGCCACCGGGGUGCUUUACGGCCUGUCGGCACUCGGCAAAAAGGGAGAUGCCAUUUCCUAUGCCCGUAUCCACCAGCAGCAGAAGCAAAUGGAUGAAGAGAAGCUCACGGGGGCCCUAGAGGGACAGGCUCUCUGAAGCACGUGAGCUCGGGGUAACCUCUCCUGGACACUGAGAUGUUGGUGAAGAUACAGAAAUCCACUCUGCCCUUCCCUCUGCCCGCUCCCCUCCCUGUUACGCCAUGAUUUCCCUGGACACUGCAGCAACUGGAAAUCUCAGGGGCUGGGGCGGGCUGUGCCCUCUUCUCACACCAGCAACACUCAGCGCGUUGGCCCCUCUCUCCUCCUCAACCCUCAACCAAAUAUCUCACAGUCCCCCUAUUUUUUAAUUUUUUUCUUUUUUGCUGCAGAGGUGCUGGCUCUUUGAGUGCUGCUUUACAAGCCUGAAUAGGUAGCCUUUCUUUGGAGUGAUGCCUGAUAACGAGCUGAGGAUGCAGUGCUCAUUUGGGAACUGCUUUCGGGAUGGGGUGAGGAAGGACAGAGCUGACGUGCCAGCUCCUCGCCUGCACUGGUCUCAUGGGAGCCAGGGAGCUGCUGGCCUCAUGCCUGGGGGUAACCUGCCAUUGCACGUUACAUGUUUUUAGUAACGCUCUCUGGUGUGGCCCUUCCCGGGGGUAAUAUACACUAAUCCAGGGUUUAGCAAUACAUGGUGAUGCUUAAGCUUGGUCUUCUUCCACUGAGUCUUUUUAAUAUGGGUCCAGUUAGGCCAGGCACUGAAGGCAUCGCUGCAUGGGAAAGGACUUCCAGCAAAAAACCCACAUAAAGACAACAACCGUCUCUGCAGAGGAGCUGCCAGAGGUGCUGGGGCAGAUCCUGGCACCUACAAAGCACAGUCCCUGCUUCCUCUGGACACAGCUGCAGGCAGUUACUGCAAUUUACUUGAAUUAUAAGAACUAAUUACUUUGUCUUAAUAAGGGUACUUUUCUUAAGCUUCACUCUUUUACUGGGGAAGAAGGGAAGUGAGGUUUUCUUUACCUCAGCUGAAAAAGGGUACGAUUGCUUGAGCCAAGUGGGGUUUUUUUGCUGGUGUAAGGGUUAUUGAUGUGCAACAGCAUCCUUCUGUCAUGAGCCUGGGACUCUGUUAUCUCUCACUCCCUGCAUCUGCUCCUGCUCCCAUGACCCAUCCCUCUACGCAAGGGACCCACUCUCUGCUUCUGUCUGGUACAGCCUUUCUCUUUGGGCUUGUGUUCUUUUUGCAUCAGUCCUGGGCUGAUUUUGUAUGGGAAGGUGGCAUAUCCUUCCUUUGCAAACAUAGAGAAGUCUGCACCAUUUCAGUGUGGAUAGCUGGGAUGUCUUGCUUCUUUAUUCCAGGCUCCAUCAGUGGUUUUUGCAUUAUGUUUUCUGUUUGCUUUGUAUCAAGCAGAACAAAACUGCUUGCUAAGUUCAGGUCCCCCUCUUCUCAUUAUGGUUUCUUCUGGGGGGGUUAAUUUAUUUGAAUUUACAUGAUUGCUUUUUACUUUGAUUAGGAAAAAGGGGAAUAAUUUAUUUUUAGUUAUUUAAGUAUUUUGAUGGGACUCAUUUUCUCUGGACAUAGGAAACAGAGCACUUGUUUCUCCUGUCCUUCAAAGGACCGCCUCAUUUCAUCAGGGGGGCCUCUCUGAACCCAGGGAGAGCCCUGGCUGCUGUAACUGGGAUACCGUAAAAUCCUAUUGCGCCCUUCAGAGUGUUUCUCAUACUUUUGGAAAGUGUAUUGUCCCUUGACCCCUUUGUUGUCUUCUGGGCCACUAGCUUGACAAAGUUGGUUUUCCCCCUUUUCUGGGAGAGAGAAGGGAGGAAAACUGGGCUGUAGCUGCUGGACUGGAGGUUUGUGCUCACUCAGCAGCCAGGGCAGGUAGCGGCUCCGUUCUUACUCUCCUGCCCUGGGAGCUGACCUCCCGCUGCCACCAACACUUUGUGGUCCCAUUUGAAUCACUGGGAUACCCGAGGGGUCGCACGGCGGUCUGAGAAACGCUGCUGGAGGCUGGGUGCUGCCUGUCAGAAGGGUCUGUCCGCCAGCAGCUCUGUGGCUUUUGAGCAGUGUCGUGUUGGAAACUAUCUAUGUAACACGUCCUUCCUCUAGGUACGGUGUGUAUUCACGUUAGUUGAAUGACACCGGAGCAUCCCUGGCAGAGCCUGGGACGGAGCCGCUGCUGGAGGGGAUGGCUGGGUACGGAUGUAGUGUUUGCAUUGCAGCGGGAGCAGAGCGGUCCCUGGAGAUCGGGGGCCUAAGCUGCCAGCUAAUAUUAGCUGUUGUUUCUUCGGUGGAGUUCAGGGAGGUGUGAGGAUUUGCACCGGUCAGGAACACGGCUUGGGUUUAUUUACACGCGCGGGCCCUUGCAGCUGGAUGCUGGGUAGCCGCUUUGUGCUAAGCCCCUUUCCCCCAGGCCUCCGAACAGUGAUUGCUCUGACACCUGCUCGUCUGGGAUGCAGAACGGGCACCGCCAGCCCGGACGCAGCUUGUUUCAAUAAAGGCUGUGCCAUUUCGCAGCCCCCAGCGCUGGGCUGAUCCCUGUUGCUGCAUGCAAUACGUGGGCCAUUGGCCUUUCUCGUGUGUGUGUGUGUGUGCGUGCAGGGACCCCAGCCUCCUGCGUGGGUCCCGCUGCCUGCAGUAAUGGGGUGCUGCAGGAGGAAUACGCUGCAGCCUGUGGGGUACUUCGGUGGUAAUUGCCUCUCUGCUUUUCGAGCCAGCGGUGUCCCUGCGCAGUCCCUUUACUGGGUGGUUCAAGUGCGGAGUCCUGCCCAGCAAACAGGACAUCUGCUUUGAUUUCAGGGGGGUUUGGGGAGUUAAGUAGUGUUUAGUAGAGGAAUGUUGCAGACUGGUGCACGUAGCUACGAGCAUGUCUUUGGUAGUGACUGCUUUGCUCUGUGAGUAGUUCCACAGUAGCUUUAGUGACAGGAGGCGAAAGGCAAAGCAGAGGUGAUAGAAUAACGCUUGCAGGCUGAUCUACGCCCACGGUGAUGAACCACGGAACUGGCAGGACCCUCGCUGGCUUCAUCUGGUUGUCCUGAUGCCAUAGCACAGCAGCAGUCCCUGGGGCUGUUGCAGGCGGGUGCUGCUCCAGGUCACCUUGGCAGCAAGGACAGAAGUCCCUUGGACACCAGCAGUGCUGUCAUGCUGUGUUUUGCGGCAGUUGGGUCUGACACUGGGGCCAAGUCAGCGAACAAUCUGAGCUUCACGCUUUUGUUGAAAAUGGGCCUCAGGGACUCUUCUGUAAGAGCUGAGCUGGAGCCUUUGGCCCCAACGCUUAAAGACACCGGGUCUGUUCAGUGUCUGUGCCUGCUGCAACAGGAGGUAUCUCAGAUCCGUGCUCCGAGAGUGCUGACUCCUGCAGAUGCGUGUCCGGAGUGGGAGCUCUUAGGAAUUUCGUCUGUCUGUGAUGCAGCUGAAACCAAGCCCGAUGCUACCAUCAUUGCAGAUGUGGCUUGGUGACAGCACCCAUGGCUUUUAAGAGUUGUAGUGACAGUUAGUAGAUGGUCUCACCUCCGUGUGGGCAAGAGACUCUUUUUGUGGAGAUAGAAAGGACCUUUAGAGUAGUAGCGUCACGGUAGUCAAUAUGCCCAUUCACAGUGCAUGGUGGUUAUUAAUUGUGUUUAGAGGCGCCAUCAGGGUGCUUGGAGCUGUGUAAGGAUAAAUGAAGUUAAAAGCCCUGCUCUAGAGAUUUUACAGGCUCAACCCAAUCCCUGCUGAUGGCAUCCAGGCUGGAUGGCUAAUCCACGGGGUUUCCAUGGAGGAGGUUCUGCUUGCCAGGUCUUGGAAAAGGCUCUUGGGAGACGAUGGGACAGAAGUUUUGUUAAGUGAGAACUCAAGAGUGGGUGAUGCAUUGACUAUAGUGAAUUGUUGACACCAAGUGUGGAAAGACACCUGGGUACUGGCAGCACAGGUGCACUUAGCAAUGGACUGUUACACCAUUCACCAUGUGAGCUGUGCACUUCUUACCCACGUGCAUUUAUACAGCGUGCAACUUUUCCAUGUCCCAUUCAGUCAUGAAGUUGGCAGCACUUGUGCAUAUUAGCUCCGCUCUCCCCUGGGGCUGUCCAUUGGGUGUGAAGAGAAGAGCAGAAGCUCACUUUCUGCUGCGUACCCAGACCUCGCUGCUCUGGGCAGGAGCUGAUUUUGUAAUACUAAUUGAUUCUCUGUGUGUGCAGUGAAUAAAAAGACCAUUCUACCUCUGGAAA